UAUUCUUCUCGUUCAUUGAUAAGUGACUCCUUAGAGUGAGCCAUGAAGCUUCGUUUACCGAGUCUAUUUUUAUUUGUUAUUUAUUCAAGCAAUGUUAUUGCGAUUUGGUGGUGAGUAACAUGCAUGCAGAGUAAGAAAAAGUAUGACACCAAAGAAAUCCGCGGUUUAAUAAUCCCCAUACUACUUGGCUUAGUAGAUUACUAAAACAUAUACUACCUUUAAUCAUCAAUGCACAGGUCACUCGAGACGUCAUUGCAACAAGACCCAAAUAGCGUGUGUAAGAAAACGCAGUCGUUCUUUCAAAGAACGGCGGACUUUUGUAAGUCCAAGCCUAAACUAAUCUCGACUUUUCUGGCGGGAAUGAAAACUUCCGUCGACGAGUGCCAGUGGCAGUUCAGAAAUAGGCGAUGGAAUUGCACCACGUCUAGGAAUUCCAUUAAGGGAAUUCUACGAUACGGUAAGUUGAGUACAAAACCAACAAACACCGUUUUAAUCUUUGCACAUUGUUGAGCAUGGAUUUUCGUGCACUGUCGCAUUCCCAAUAUCGCAUGAUUUAAAACCAUAUACACGACACUGAAAGCCUUGAUUGUGGGAAAGAGAAGUUACCAAAUUUCUUCAACUCAUAAAGCUUUUUUUUGUUGUUGAUUGUUCAGACUACAGGGAAACGGCUUUCAUCUACGCUAUCACCUCAGCCGGAGCAACCUUUUCCGUCACGCGGGCAUGUAGAAUGGGUCAACUUAGCAACUGUGGCUGCCGCAAGCCCAAGCGUAAAGUAGCUGCCUCGUCACAGGUUCUAAACAACAACUUGAUCGCAACACAACCACGAAAUGUUUAUCCUGCAAGAGACAACAUGAACAAUAUUCCGAACCAGGUAUUCCCUGGAGAAAAUAACGAGUUCGAAUGGGGCGGCUGCAGCGAUAAUAUUUAUUAUGGAUAUACCAUAUCAAAGCAGCUAAUGGCGAAAAAUAGGGGCAAGGACGGACGCUCCAUGGUAAUCGAACACAAUAACGAGGCAGGCCGUUUGGUGAGUUCAGCAUUUCCGCGGUGUACCAAGUAUUGUUUUGAUUUGCCCAAACCCUUUCUUCUAGUUUUGAUAAGCACGCGACAGUCGAGCCCUCCCCUCCUCAUCACGAUAUUACAUUUAAAUAGGCUUUGUAGUUACAUACGUAUCAACCAAACUUAAUCGUGCAUGAGGGCAGAGAAGGUAUCAGAGACACUCUUCAGAACAGGGGCUUUUGUGGAAAGGCUGUGAAACAAUUGUCCUACAAUUAUCACUAAGUAAUAAGCUUGUUUACAGUUAACGAGGUCAGAGAAAACAUGCAUGUAUUUUUUACAAUUCCACGGCACUUGAGUGGACCUUGUUUUCGGCCAGCCCGCAUACAAUGCACAAUUCGCUAUUUCGUUAACAGCGGAUGUGAAUCGACGACUUCAGGUCAGGGAUUCUAUUCGGUUUGGCGCCCUUUGGUGGUAUCUUUUAUUGCAUGAUCAAUGUACCGUUUUGAUUAGGAUUUAAGCUCUGAUAACAAGUAAGCGUGACGGCGGAGAGAAAGCUGAGUGUUUGCAGGCGAAACCCAGUCACUCUUCUGCGAGACUAAAUUGGCUCGAGAGCCCGAUGUCUUGAGCUAAUUCAGAGAUGUCGGCAAUGUGACAAGAAAUCUUGCGUACAAAGCAUAGCUCAUAGUCAAAAUAGCGUGAAAGUCAAUUUGUCACUUAUACCGCCAAACGAACAAUUACCACUGAGCUAUCGAAUCCUAAUGUUAAUUUUGGACGAAGAAAAGCUAAAUUAUAAAAACGCCUUCCACUAAUCGCCGAAUUUGUUGUAUUUGCAUACCUUUUGUAAGCACACAUGCUUUUGUUUACACACAAAUACACUGAGCUAUCAGUAUAGGUUUAAUUUUUGAUACCUUAGGCGGUAUUAAACAAAACAAACCGACAAACAGACAUUUCUCAACCUCUUGAGUAGCGAUAUUAAACCCAGAUGACAGAGGAACGAAAGGUCUUGUGUUAAUUCCAUCAUUGGGACGACUGCAUGAUGUCCCUGGGACGUCUUAAUGCUUCAGUAUUUUUUUAAUCAGCCCUUUUCUCAUCACAAUAAAUCUUCACAGGAAUUUAAUUUUCUUGUGUAAACUUUAUUGACAGAGUCGUUAAUUCAAUUUUGACAGUUUAUCUUCGAAGUGGAUUAUAAUGAAAGACAAGUGCUCCCGCGGUUUGGCAUCUUGACACGAAUACUAUAAUCCCUACAGAAAUGUUUACUCCAUUUUGAGUGAUCUCUUGUUUUAGACUGCCUGUAUCAUUCGGCCGGCUUCCAGCGCCAUUUAGGAAAGUGUAGACAAAGACCGCCACACGCACUCACAUAUACAAGAGUCUGGGAGUCGAAAGUUAGCUUUGCAAAAACACAACACCUCGCAGUGAUAUAUAAUAAUCUAAUGUCCCAGAGAUAUAUAGCCUUUAAAUAUAAUCAAUUUAGUCGAGGGCACCCCUAACGAGUGUACCAUUUUCUCCUCGUUUUCUCUUUCCCAGGCAGUGAAGCGUUACAUGCAAAGAGAAUGCAAAUGCCAUGGUCUCUCCGGCUCUUGUGCUGUUAAAACAUGUUGGCAAAAGAUGCCGCACUUUAGAGAUGUAGGAGACCGAUUAAAAGCCCGUUUCAAUGGUGCGAUUAAAGUGUUAAUUAGCAACAAAGGCGAUAGGUUGAUCAAAGAAGGAGAAACAAUAAAGCCUCAGACUGAAUUAGAUUUGGUGUACAACACUGACUCCCCGGACUUUUGCAAAGCUGACCACUAUCUGGGUUCUUUGGGGACUACUGGUAGACAGUGCAAUGACACCAGUAUGGGAGUAGGCGGAUGCAAGCUACUGUGCUGCGGCAGGGGCGCUCAGGUGAAGAAGAUGGUUAUCACUGAAAACUGCAAGUGCCACUUCCUUUGGUGCUGCAGGGUCAAAUGCAAGAAAUGCCACAGGGAGAUGGAGGUGCACACUUGUUUGUAG